UCUAAGAUUACGACAAGAUGGGUGCAAGUGUUCAUGGAAAAACACCGAAUCGUCCUGCAAGCACACACCGGAAGGCGCCAGGUCAGCCCGGAAAAACAAGAGCAGAUUGAGCGCGAAGUUGCCUCCCAUCUCGGCGAGUUGAAGCGCGACUUCGAGAGCGGUAGGCUGGACGAGAACAUCGUUGAGAACAUUGACGAAACCCACUUCGUCACUGAUUUUGAUAAAGGAAAGACGCUCGGAUUUGUCGCGGAGAAACAAGUGAAGUACGCCGAUGUCGUCUCAGGUGGCGAGGGUAUGACAAUGGUUGUCCGCAUCUCGGGUGGUGCGAGCGGCUACAUCCAUCCACCAAUGUUGAUCUUUACGAACGCAAACCGGAGUUACCCGAUUCGAGGAGUUGGUGACGAUGUCAAUGGAGUCUGCUAUCGGACGGGGCCGAAGGGAUGA